AUGAAAGCCCACCGCUCGACCUCCGAGCUGCCAUCGCAGACCUCCAGCGGCCCCGAGUCGUGGCCCGCCGGCUCACAGGCUUCCGGCGCUCUCGCGUCACAGUCCGUUGGUGCCUCUGAGCCACCCGCGUCCCCUCCCUGUCAACACCCCCCUUCUCCCGAGCAGCAUACGCCGUACGCGCCCGAGCAGCACGCUUCGGCAGCUCCUGGGCAGCAGCUUGCGCGCACCUCCGAUCCGCAGCAGGAGGAGAGUGCCUCCGAGCUGCACGAAUCACCGGCGUGCACGCCUUCUCGAACCGAUCGGCAGCGCAACCAGAGAAAUCGACCCCGCGUGACCUCCCCGCACGUUGCGGCACAUGCCGCCAGCGACGUCUCGUCUGAGAGCGAGGAGCCUGAUGAAAGCAAUGAUGAUGAAGAUUGGAGCACGGCCGAGUCAGCUGAAGAGGAUAGAGAGGUGACGGGGGACAGCGAGGGAAUCGAAGACGAUGAGCAAGCCGAGGAGGAUAUAAGUAUCAAUUUGAUCGAGGUUGAUAUUCACCAGAAGGUGACAGGCCUUAUCAGAGCUGAUAAGUGUGAGCGUCGCUGCCUUCAGGGAAAGGCUCAAGAGCUGCAGUGUGACGGGGCACACAGCACUUCUUAA